UGCUUUCCUGGCCAUGGUCCGCUCGGCCCGGCCCGGCCCGAACAAAGGUUGCCAGGAGAGGCCGAAGACAAGAUUUGCAGAAUCGACGGCGUCUUCUUCCUCCGGCAAAACUGCAGGAGCAGUGAUAGAGCUUCGCAACACAGAGCAACAAUGGCGGUGCGGCAGAGGCUUCCCGAUCUCAUUCGCAGCCUCAAACGCGAGCUGAAUCCAAGGCCCUCGAAUCGACUCCUCCCCUCGCUCCGACGCGCCUUCUCUCUCUACGAUCAGAUCAACAUCAUCGACAACGUCCCCGAGGACCAACUCCGGUUUCAACAAUACACAGAAACGGGUUUCAAGGUGAAUGGAGUGAUGUACGAGGGAAGUUUGCUUUGUGUGGGGAAUCUGCUAAUGUCUUGGAGCCCACAGAAGUUCUCUGACAUAACUCCUGACAGCUUGUCCAUCUUCCAAACUGUUCGACCCAUACCAGAGAUUCUCAUCCUUGGCUGUGGGAGGCACAUACAACCCGUUGAUCCCAAUCUUCGGCGUUUCAUUCGAUCCACUGGCAUGAAGUUGGAAGCUCUUGACUCGGUACACAACUUUAUUUGUGUUCAUCUUCUAGAUCACUUCUCACGUCUAUGUAACUAAUUGCCAGAAACGCCUCAUCAACUUACAACAUACUGAACGAGGAAGGAAGGAUAGUGGCUGCUGCAUUGCUUCCGUAUGGAACAACUUCUUAAAGAUGUAUCAAAGGCGAUGAAGGCCAUGGGAACUUCCUCACUUUUCCUGAUGUGCUUGAUCUGUAAACCUUUUCGCCGAUUUGUUUGCAGAUUCGGUGAAAGCAUCAUUGUAAAGGCGGAUAAGUAGAUCUGUCAAUGGAGAUGAAUUUAUUACGGAAUAAAACUGAAUGGCUCGCAGUUGAAAUUGUUUGUGGGAUUAUUACGGUUAUUGAUCAUGUGGGGCUCAUAAGAUCUAAAUGAAGCAAUAAAAUUGGAUGAACAUAGAUUGGAAGCA